AACUGCCUUUCAACGAAUGAAGGAAUCUGUUGAAGAUUUAAAACGAAUCGCCUGCAGAAUCAUUCAGGUCUUAAUGAAAUGUUCGAUGCCACAUUACGUAAAAGGACUGUAUAUAGCUGCUUGGAUAAUAUCCUUCGUGCAUCAUCCGCUGGUAUCAUUGAACGGGAAUGAAGAUGCGGUGCAUACUGAGUGAUCUCACCGCGGGAGAGAGGCGCUGUGUGCGGGUGGAAAACAGAUCGCUGGUGGUUAUUGUUGGCUCUCAACAGUCGAGCGGUUCUUUACAAUAGACAGAAAAAAGAAAGUCACCCGGUACCGAGGCUACUACGGUUUCUGGGGCAGCCAGGAGCGGAUUGUUACCGGCGGAGACCUGCAGAGCCCCACAAGGAGCCUGCCAGAUGGAUCACUAUUCUACUUUGCAACUGCAGUGUCUGGAGAUGACCACGAAGCGGAAGCUGAUAGGCCGGCUGGUGCCGUGCCGCUGUUUCCGGGGCGAGGAGGAGGUGAUCUCGGUGCUGGACUACUCCCACUGCAGCCUGCAGCAGGUGCCCAAGGAGAUCUUCAGCUUCGAGAGGACGUUGGAGGAACUCUACCUGGACGCCAACCAGAUAGAGGAGCUGCCCAAGCAACUGUUCAACUGCCAGGCCCUGAAGAAGCUCAGCAUGCCUGACAACGACCUGUCCAACCUGCCCCCCUCCAUCGCAAGCCUGGUCAACCUCAAAGAGCUGGACAUCAGUAAAAAUGGUAUCCAGGAGUUCCCAGACAAUAUCAAGUGUUGUAAAGGCCUGUCUGUGGUUGAGGCCAGCGUCAACCCAAUUGCCAAACUCCCAGAGGGGUUCACCCAGCUCCUGAAUCUGACCCAGCUCUUCCUCAACGAUGCCUUUCUGGAGUAUCUCCCUGCUAAUUUUGGAAGACUCUCCAAGCUACGGAUCCUGGAGCUACGAGAAAACCAUCUAAAAACAAUGCCAAAGUCCAUCCACAGACUGUCCCAGCUGGAACGUCUGGAUCUGGGGAGCAACGAGUUCUCUGAGAUGCCAGAGGUAUUGGAACAGAUCCAUAACCUGAAGGAACUGUGGAUGGACAAUAAUUCUCUACAGUCAAUACCAGGGUCACUAGGUAAAUUGCGGCAGCUUCGCUACUUGGACUUGGCCAAGAACCGCAUCGAGACGUUAGACACAGACAUCUCAGGCUGUGAGAACCUCGAAGACCUCCUACUGUCCUCCAAUAUGCUGCAGCACCUCCCGGACUCUAUAGGAAUGUUGAAGAAAAUGACGACACUGAAGGUAGACGACAACCAGCUGACCUCACUGCCUAACACCAUCGGGAGUCUGUCUCUGCUGGAGGAGUUGGAUGUCAGCUGUAACGAGCUGGAGUCGCUGCCCUCGUCCAUCGGGUACCUGCACAACCUGAGAACCUUCGCCGCCGACGAGAACUUCCUCACGGAGCUGCCCAGAGAGAUCGGUAACUGUAGAAAUGUCACCGUGAUGUCGCUACGGUCGAACAAACUGGAGUUCCUGCCCGAUGAGAUCGGACAGAUGACCAAACUACGGGUUCUCAACCUCAGCGAUAACAGGUUAAGGAAUCUGCCCUUUACCUUCACUAAGUUGAAGGACCUAGCAGCUUUAUGGCUCUCUGACAAUCAGUCCAAGGCCCUGAUCCCCCUCCAGACGGAGGCCCACCCAGAAACCAAGCAGAGGGUCCUGACGAACUACAUGUUCCCCCAGCAGCCUCGCCAUGAUGAGGACUACCAGUCGGACAGCGACAGCUUCAACCCGGCUCUGUGGGAGGAGCAGCGGCAGCAGAGGAUGACGGUCGCCUUCGACUUUGAGGAGAAGAAGGAGGAGGAGGACAACUCUGGGAAGGUCAAGGUGGAGAUCAACCUGAAGCGGUACCCCACCCCCUACCCCGAGGACCUGAAGAACAUGGUCAAGUCGGUGCAAAGCCUUGUGGGUAAGAACGUGCACGGCGGCCACGUGCACCAGCACCAGCACCAGCUCAGCACGGGCACCGCCACCUCGGCUGGCACCAACAUAGAACACACACACCUGAGCCAGGAGCCCUACGACCCCCCCUGGCCACUCCCCCCCAAAGAGGUUACAGAUAGAGACAUGCAGGACUUCUCUCAGACCCAGCUAAUGGAUCAGGGAUCGAUCCAUAACUCUGGAAUCGAUAUUCCUAAAAGGAAGGACAAGGAGGAGCUCACAGAGAGCUCCGAGGACUCCAUGGGUGGAUCUCCAAACGACAUCCGUAUCUCUGACAUGAGACCCACCCUGGUAGAACCCCCGAUGUACAAACCCAAAGUGGUUCUGCUGGGCAAGGACAAGAAAGAGUCCACCGACGAGGAGGUGGACAAGAUGCACUGUCUGAACCACAGCGGCUCCUCGGCCACCUACUCGGACUACUCCCCGUCGCAGGGCUCCUCGGGGUCCUCCAACCCCCCCGGGGGCACGCACCCCCACCCCCACCCCCACGCGCUCUCACACGCACACGCGCACGCGCAGGCACACACGCGCUCGCACACGCCAACCCUGCCGCCGCCCGGCAAGGAGCAGGCGCCACAGACCCACUGGACCAACAGAUUGGCUCAGUCCUUCCCCAAGCCCAUUGACUCCAAGCCCCUGCUUUCUCAAAGGGAAACCCCUCCAUCAGGCACCUUGCAGCAGCACGGAGACCGACGCCCACUCAGCGAGCCCUUUGAUUGGUCAGAAGCGCCGCACUACGACAACACAGGUUUCGAUGCCGAAGAAUCUCCCAUGGAUUCCCAGACCCCCGCCGGUAGCCACGGUAACCCCCCGCUGGGCUCCAAACCCCGCAGCCAAUCGGCACACGGUCGCCGCCCCCUCCUGCGGCAGGAGCGAAUCGUGGGGGUUCCUCUGGAGCUGGACACCCAGACCCUCCCCUUCCACGGCAACCAGCGCGCCAACCCCGACAGCAACCCCCCGCCCCCGGCCCCCCCGCCCCCCCAGAACCCCUGGCAGAACUGGACCCGCACGCCCAGCCCCUUCGAGGACCGGACCGCCUUCCCCUCCAAGCUGGACCUCACGCCCUCGUCCAGCCCCAACCCCGACCGCAAGGAGCUGGAGUCCAGGCUGGAGCAGGCAGGGGCCAGCCCACUGCCUGGCAACUGGAGUUACCAUGACAACCAGGAGCAGAACAGGAAGGAGCAGCUGAGCGUCGGCGGGGGCAACAAGGUAACGGUGGUGAUGAGCAAGAGCUCGGAGCGCCUGUCGCCCAUGAUGAAGGAGAUGCGCUCCAAGUUCAAGAAGUCCCAGAGCAUCGACGAGAUCGACAUGGGCUCCUACAAGGUCUACAGCAUUCCCAUGGACAGCUACAGCUCGUCCAUCGAGCAGCAGGCCAGCCUGGAGCGCCCGGACCUCCACGGCUCCAUGGAGCAGAGCAACAUGUCGCGCUCCCAGUCGGCCCCCAUGCUGGACGACGAGAUGGGCUUCGGCGGGAACGCCUCCAGCAACCACAACCACAGCCAGCAGGGCGGCGGCCAGAAGCCCGCCAUCCCACACAAGGCGUACCACUUCGACCACAACUACAACCCCCAGGUGACCAUGGACCGCAGGGCCCCGCCCCCUUUCCCGACCACGCCCGACUACGCCAACCACUCAGGGAAGCCCCUGGAGUACAUGAACCAGCCCGGCAAGACCCUCCCCAAAGACAUGGUGAGCCCCCGUUACCGCGGCUACCCGCCCCUGGAGAUGUUCUCCUUCCCCCAGCCGCCAAUCAACCAGGAGGGCCCGCCCCCCCAGCAGCAGCAGCAGCAGCAGCAGCAGCAGCAGCAGCAGCAGCAGCAGCAGCAGCAGCAGCAGCAGCAGCAGCAGCAGCAGCCAAUCCCGUCGCAGCGCUCCCGGCCGGGGUUCCUGCGGCGCGCCGACUCCCUGGUGAGCUCCACGGAGCUGGCCCUGUUCCGCAGGGUCCACGAGGCCCAGCAGGAGGCGCUGCAGGAGUCCCAGUACCGGCAGCAGGCCGAGCCCCCCCACUACGGCCGCUCCCUGGCCUACUCCACCCUCAUGGACCACUCCUCUGCCCUCGCCAACAUGGCCGAGAGCCAGGGCCAGCUCAUGCACAACAAGAGGAACGGUCGCUACGACGACGACUACUCUGCGUACCAGGAGCAGAAGAAGCCCAUGAUUGGCUACCCGACCAAGAGCCUGACUCAGCGUCGCCCCCUGUCGGCCAGGAGCUACAGCACAGAGACCUACGGCGCUUCCCAGGUCCUUGAUACCGCCACCUCUCUGUCCGCGCGUCCGGUCUCCGCCCGGCCCACCAUGGCCGCCCUGCUGGAGAAGAUGCCCCCCGACUACGCGCUGGCCACCUGCCCCGAGAAGCCCUCCGAGGACACCAUCAAGGUGCGGCCCGGGCCGCAGCCCAAGCCCGAUGACAUCACCUCCAAGAUGCCCGCCGACUGGAGGCAGCAGCUGCUCCGACACAUCGAAGCCAAGAGGAUGGACCGGAGUGGUGUCCUAAAGCACAACACGCUCACCCUGGGCAUGCUCUGUCAGGGCGGGGUUCACGCCCCGGGCCGCAGCAGCACUUUGAACUUUAACCUUUACAAUAACAUUAAGCAUGCGCCCCCUGCUGGCCAGUGGCUGCCACUACCGCCUCCUCCAUCCGCUACCGCUACGCCUCAGCAGGGUGCCAUGCUGGACAACGACCAGGAGGGGGGGACAGCGAGCAGCCAGUGGGCUCUCUACUCCCUCGGCAGGCGGGACGUGCCGCCUGAUAACGUCAUGAAGAAGAAUGUCCACGCCCACAACCCCUCCCACCAGCAGCACAACACCAUGAUGGUCACCUCCUCUUCCGGCUCCUCGGCCACGCCCCCUCACCGCGGGAUGGGCCAGCAGGGCUACGAGGGCGGGGCCAUCAACAAGGGCGGCCAAUACCAGCAGGGGAUGGUCAUGGCCAUCUCGCCCUCUGGGGGCGGGGGCCAAUACCAAGGUACCCUGCCCCUCGCACUGACCUCCCCCAGCCAGCCCUACCCCGGCGGGGGGAUGUCCAUGUCCAUGACCCCCUCCGGCAACCAGCCCCAGUACGCCUCGCACCCGCCCUCCCUGCCGGCCACCAACCCCCAGUACCACAGUAACCACGGCAACCACGGCAACCACGGCAACCACGGUAACCACGGCAACCAGGGCAUGGUCCACAGCGGCCAGGUGGGCAUGGCGACCCACACCAACCCGCGGCCCCAGAGCGCGCGCUGCCUCCUGCAGACCAAAGGGCAGAAGAGCAUCGACGGCUUCCAGGACCAGAUGUGCGUGCGGAUAGAGAAGAACCCCGGUCUGGGUUUCAGUAUCUCGGGGGGCAUCAGCGGGCAGGGGAACCCCUUCAAGCCCUCCGACAUGGGUAUCUUUGUUACUAGGGUACAGCCUGACGGACCUGCCUCGACCUCCCUGCGGCCGGGGGACAAGAUCCUACAGGCUAAUGGACAUAGUUUUUUACACGUGGAGCACGAGACGGCCGUCUCUCUGCUGAAGAGCUUCCGGCGGGCGGUGGACUUGGUGGUUCUGAGGGACAGCAGCACAUGCUAAAAUCUAGUUUUCCAAACAAAGAAAGACAGACUGACAGACAGACAAACACACCAUCGACGCUUCUGUUCACAUUGCCACAUCUCCCAACUCCACCAUUACUGCCCCCUGCUGGAGGUGUGUGGAACUGGACACAAUCAUCCAGGCCACCUUUUAUUUCCCCUAUAAGAGAACCACACCCGGGACAAUUUGCCUAUUGCUGGACCAAAGGCAAUACUAGUGCCAAAUGUAUCAUAAGAGAACAC